AUGGCUUCUUCAAUGAGGCCGAUUACUAUCGGACUUAUAUUAAUUUUAUCAAUUUUUAUUCAAAUUCAAGCUAGAACAGCUAAGAAUGAUAAUGAUACAUCGGAAAAACGAGUAAAAAGACAAUACAAUCAAUAUCCUCAACCACCAUCAGAUCAAUCACCAUCAAAUGAAUUUGGUGAUACAUAUGUUCAAGGCUCAGAAUGUAAAGGUUGUGGACCACGACGUGAUUGUCAAUGUCCUGGCAAAGGUGCUAUGGGUACCACUGGCCCACAAGGUUUUCCUGGCAUUCCAGGCGAUCGUGGUCUUAAAGGUCCCGGAGGACGAGUAGGUAAUUUGGGUCUUGGUGGUGAAAAAGGUGAUCGUGGUCAAUAUGGCAGCAAAGGAGAACGAGGUGAAGAUGGAUUAUUGCCUAUUGAUGGUCAAAAUGGUUUUCCUGGUCAAGCUGGUUCUGUUGGUCCACGCGGUAUUUCCGGUGUACCAGGAUGCAAUGGCAGCAAGGGUGAAUCUGGUGAAAAUGGCCGCAAUGGAUUGGAUGGCAUGCCAGGCAAUCCUGGUUUACCUGGUCGCAAUGGUGAACAAGGUGAACCUGGUGAUGCAUCAGGUUUUAACGGUGUUGUCCCAGGACCUCGUGGUGAUCCAGGUAUUCCCGGUCGUCCAGGUGUUGCCGGUUGGCCUGGCUCCCCCGGUGCCCCAGGUUUACCAGGACCAGUAGGAAUGCCAGGACCAGAUGGUCGACCUGGCGGUCGUGGUGAUCCAGGAUUCCAAGGAGCACGUGGUCAAGACAGUUAUGGUCUCAAAGGUGCACGUGGUGAACCAGGUGAUGCUGCUCCAACAACACCAGGUCAACCUUCAUACGGCCGUUUACGAGGUCUUACCAAUGUACAAGGACCACCUGGUGAACGUGGUCCAGAUGGUGAUCGCGGUUAUAGAGGAGACCGUGGUCAAUCAGGUUAUUUGGGUAUUGAUGGUUUACAAGGACCUAAAGGUGAAAAAGGUGAAGGCGGUUAUGCUGGUCCACAAGGAAAAAUGGGUCGAGAAGGUCCAGCUGGUGAUUUUGGUGUUAAAGGAACAUCAGGACCACCCGGUCCACCUGGUAAUGAUGGUCUUCCUGGAGAACCUGGUCGAAAUGGUUAUCCAGGUACAAAAGGUAUGCGUGGUGAUCACGGUGAACCUGGUCCAAAUACCAGAGGUGGUAAACGUGGUACAUAUAGAUCUGGAGCACCUGGUUAUCCGGGUAUGACAGGUGAUGCUGGACCAAGUGGUUUCGCAGGAGCACCUGGCUUUCCUGGUCGAGAAGGUAUUAAAGGUGAACAAGGUGAUUAUGGUUCACCCGGUCGACCUGGCCCUAUGGGAGAAACUGCCGAUGCUGAAAAGGGUGAUCGAGGUGCUGAUGGUCCACCUGGUCCUACUGGUCUACCCGGUCCAGCUGGUAUGCCCGGAGGAAAAGGUGAUAUUGGUGAAAAAGGAUUAAUUGGUGAUGAAACAUAUGGACCACGCGGAACCAAUGGUCAACCCGGCCGUCCUGGACAUCCUGGUAUACCCGGUCCAUCAGGUGAUAUCGGUGAACCCGGUCCACCAGGCAUUUCAACUAGUGGAGGCUACCAAGGUUAUCAAGGAUAUGGCCCACCUGGCCCACAAGGAUAUCCAGGUCGAUCAGGUUCACCCGGUGCACCUGGCUUUCCUGGUGUUCAUGGUCCAAAAGGUGACGUUGGUGAACCUGGUGGUUGUGGAUUUUGUCCAUCUGCAGUAACUGGUCUUCAAGGUGAUCGUGGUAGCCAAGGUUAUCGUGGUCGACCAGGUUUAAAUGGUGCACCAGGUUUUCGCGGUGAAAAAGGUGAUGCAGGAAUAAGUGGAAUGCCAGGUCCUGAUGGUUUACCUGGACCCGAUGGUCUUCCAGGCCGAGAUGGUUAUCCAGGUAUUCCAGGCCGUAAAGGUGAAUCUGGUGAAAUGAUUGGUGCUGAUGGUAUUAAAGGCCGUCGAGGAGCACCUGGUGAACCAGGAGUUAAAGGAUAUCAUGGUGAUGUUGGUGAAACUGGUAGAAAUGGACGUGAUGGUUAUGAUGGAGCUCCGGGUGUACCUGGCCCACGAGGUGUAUCUGGUGAGCUAGGACGACCAGGAUCACAAGGUCUUCCUGGACCUAAAGGUCCAAUAGGUCAAGCUGGACCUCCCGGUCAAGCACUUUCACGUGGACCACGUGGUCCUCAAGGUGAACCUGGUAAUCAAGGUAAAACCGGACGACCUGGUGUUCCUGGUUUACCUGGUGACGAUGCAGCAUUAGAAUCGACUGCACCUGGUUCACGCGGUCUUAGAGGAAUGCCUGGUGAUGCUGGUUAUGCUGGUGCUCCUGGUCUUCCCGGACAAAGUGGAGUAGAUGGUCGACCAGGUACUAAUGGUUUCCCUGGCCAACGAGGAGAAAAUGGUCGCCCUGGUAUGCCAGGUUUAGCAGGAGAAAAUGGCGUUAAAGGUUAUGCCGGUUUGGAUGGACAACCUGGUCAAUCUGGACGACCUGGUUUACCUGGUAUGAACGGACAAGCUGGUUUACCUGGUCUUCCCGGAGCUAAAGGUCAACCUGGUGAAAUGGCUGUUGCAACACGUUCUGGACCACCAGGCAAUGCAGGUCCAAAAGGUGUCACUGGAGAACGUGGUACAAAUGGUAUACAAGGAACACGUGGUCUUCCCGGUCCACGUGGUUUAUCUGGCAAUCCAGGUUUGAAUGGUCUUCCUGGAUUAACUGGUGGACCAGGUCAAAAAGGUGAACGAGGUGGUGCAGGACCUGGUUACUUAGGUGAUACUGGUGCCUCAGGUUUACGUGGUCGACCAGGAGCCCCUGGCCGAGCUGGAGGUGCAGGUACUCCGGGUGCACCUGGUUUACGUGGUUUCCCUGGUGAUAUGGGUCGUCCUGGUCAAAGUGGAUUACCAGGCUUUCCAGGCAAAUUAGGAGAACGUGGUGAUAAUGGUCAACCUGGAUACCCAGGUUUAUCUGGAAUGAAAGGUCAUCCUGGUGUACCCGGUGAACGUGGUUUACCUGGUUCAGCUGGUAUGAAUGGUAUGCCAGGUUUACAAGGAGUUAAAGGUUAUCAAGGUGAUGUCGGAGAACCAGGUAUCGGUGGCGGCAAUGGUGGAUUUGGUCCAAAAGGAGAAAUGGGUGAAGCCGGUUUACCAGGUCUUCCAGGUGCUCGAGGUCUUCCAGGUGAUUCUGGUGACGCUGGUAGUUUUGGACCACGAGGCGAAGCUGGAUCCGCAGGUCUUCCAGGUGGCCCAGGUCUUCCAGGUCGUGAUGGACGUCCCGGUUUACCAGGUGCAAAAGGUGAAAUGGGUGAUUGGUUCAAAGGCAUUAAUGGUAUUCGAGGUGAACGUGGUUUCCCUGGUCUUCCCGGUCUUCCUGGCCUUCCAGGUCUUCGAGGCAUGCCUGGCCUACCUGGUCCUAGUGGAUUACGAGGAUCACCUGGUCUUGUUGGAUUUCCAGGUCUACCCGGUUUAAAUGGCGCACCUGGUUUACCAGGCUCGAAAGGACAAUCAGGACAAAGUGGUCUUCCAGGUGCUUCUGGACAACCUGGUGAUCGAGGCUUUCCUGGUCGUGCUGGUUUACCUGGUCUUCCCGGUAUGAAGGGUAUGAUGGGAGACCGUGGUCGUGAUGGACAAGCUACUGAAACAGGACGAAAAGGAGAAGCAGGUGACGCUGGUGCAUCAGGUAUGCCAGGUCUUCCUGGAGCAAUGGGUGAUGCUGGUGUUCCGGGCUUCCCAGGCCCAUCUGGUCCACCGGGAGCACCAGGACGAGAUGGAUAUCCUGGUUUACGUGGAGAACGAGGUUUAUCGGGUAUUCCAGGAAAGACAGGCCGACCAGGCUUCCCUGGUAUGCAAGGAUUUAAAGGAAAUGCUGGCUUACCUGGACGUCCUGGUGUCAAAGGUAUCCCCGGUGAUAGUGCUGAUCGUAAUACACCUGGUCAACGUGGUGAAAAUGGUCGUAAUGGUAUGCCAGGUCAACCAGGUGCUCGAGGUCAACCUGGUGACAAUGGUCCACAAGGUCCACCAGGCUCUGAUGGUGUUGGAGCAGUUGGUCUAAGAGGUCAAACUGGAGAUCGUGGUCAAAAUGGUUUAUCCGGUCGACCAGGUCCAGCUGGAUAUCCUGGACGAGAUGGUAAACCAGGUUUAUCUAGUCAACCAGGCGCACCAGGUCUUAUUGGAAUGAAUGGUCUUCCUGGUAACCCAGGUCUUCCAGGCUCAAAAGGAUUACCAGGUCUACCAGGACCUUCAGGUAAUCCAGGUCUUCCAGGCCGACGAGGUGAUUCAGGCACAUCAGGAUUACCUGGAAUGGCUGGACGUAAAGGAGAAAAUGGUGAUGCUGGUUCAGCAGGUCAACCUGGUCUCCCCGGUUUAGCAGGUCAAAAGGGAGAAGCCACUUAUGGAAUAAUGCGACAAGAAGCAGCUCCUAAAGGUGAACGUGGUGCUCAAGGAUUCUCUGGUGUCUCAGGAUUACCAGGUCAACCAGGUUCAUUUGGACAAAAAGGUUAUCCUGGUCAAGUUGGUCUUGCUGGUCGUCCAGGCAAUCCAGGUUCAUUAGGUGGUCGUGGUCCAGUUGGUGAUAUGGGUCUUAAUGGAGCACCCGGUUUACAUGGUCAACCCGGUCCACCAGGUAUUGCUGGACCUCGAGGACCUCAAGGUGAAGCUGGUGAAGGUUCAUUUAUAUUCACACGACACAGUCAAGAUAGUACAACUCCACAAUGUCCACAUCAAACACAAAAAUUACAAGAUGGUGGUUAUUCAUUUAUGGGUAUGCAAGGUGAUACAUAUGCUGCUCAUCAAGAUCUUGGUUCAUCGGGUAGUUGUUUACGUCGUUUCAGUGCUAUGCCAUUCUUAUUUUGUGAUAUCGGUAAUGUAUGUCAUUAUGCAUCACGUAAUGAUUAUUCAUAUUGGUUAUCAACCAAUGAACCAAUGUCAGCUAGUAUGGCACCAUUUGAAUCAAAGGAUAUACCAAAACAUCUAAGUCGUUGUGUUGUUUGUGAAUCACCAACACCUGUAUUUGCAGUACAUAGUCAAUCUCAACGUGUUCCAACAUGUCCUGAUGGAUAUGAUCUUUUAUGGACUGGUUAUAGUUUUAUAUUUACAUCAGCUGAUGGUGGUCGUGGUGAUCAACAAAGUUUACAAUCACCCGGUUCAUGUCUUGAAAAAUAUCAUGAUCGACCAUAUUUUCAUUGCAAAGAUCAAUCACAUUGCAAUUAUUAUCCAAAUAUGAUGACAUUUUACUUAGCAACAUUAGAUGAUUAUACUGGUUUUGAAAAACCAAAAGUACGUACAUUAAAAGCUGGUACACAACGAAAUUAUGUUAGUCGAUGUGCCGUAUGUCAUGCAAAUUUAUUUAAACAAACAGCAAAUGGACCAUCAGCAUUUUUUGCCCAAGUAAAGAAACUUUAA